UGACAGCGCGACGAGAAGUGUAAAUAAAAAGUGGAACGUGCAAUUUUCUCUAAUUUUCCGUGAAAUACUAAAGAAAAAGAACCUUUCCAAUCUAUCCGGAAGGGGAUAGAAAAAGCUCGCUGAGGAAGAUAAUUGUCUGGAAACGCUGAUAUGGCGUCUCCAUCGCAAAAUAGCCCCAUGGGGGUGACCUCAGCAGCUGGCACAACCACCACACAAUCCACCGCAAAGACUAGUUCUGGGUCUGACAAUGCCUCUGGUCAGGUAAGGGUGAGUUUGUCCGGCAGUGCGAGACAACAGCUCAUCUUCCCGCGCUUCCAGAUCCUCACUAAGCCCAGGCUGCAGGAGCUCGUGCGGGAAAUUGAUCCCACUGAGCAACUGGAUGAGGAAGUGGAGGAGCUUCUUUUGCAAAUUGCAGAUGAUUUUGUUGAGAAUACCGUGGCAGCUGCAUGUCUCCUGGCCAAGCACAGAAAGGUGUCCAAGGUUGAGGUGAAGGACGUCCAGUUGCACCUUGAACGCAACUGGAACAUGUGGAUUCCAGGCUUUGGGACAGAUGAACUGAGGCCGUACAAGAGGGCAACAGUCACGGAGGCUCACAAGCAGCGACUGGCACUUAUCAAGAAGGCAAUUAAGAAGUACUGAACAGGGGAAGGUUUUGCAGGGAAUUACACUUGAAAAUCUUAAAUAAAUCACUUUGAAUUUAAUUCCACUCAUUUAUUUUUUUAUUACCUUGUCAUUACAUUCAUCUGCAAAUUCGCAUUUUUUAUGAUAAGUGUUUUAAAAAUUCAUAAUUGUUCAAUUGGUGAUGCAAUUCCAAGAAGCUUCUU